UUUUUUAACCGAAGUGAAACCAAAAUGUCCCAAUUGAAAGUGAACUAAAAAUAAAGUGGUUAACACAGACAUUUGGCACGAAAAAUUUUCACGUACAACUUUGAUUCAGAUUUUGCAGUUACAGCUGAUGUGUUGACCUGAAAGCGUGAAAAUUGUAAACCAACUUUAAGAUCAUGGUUGUUUUCAGAUUGAUCCAUGAUAUCACAGGACGUUUCAAAGUUGUGCGGGGAGCACUUGCUUACGCAAUAUUGUGGCCCUUUGGAUGUUUGCUGCAACAAACGAUACUUGAAAAACGAACAUUUAAGGAUUAUGAUUGGCAUAAAUGUCUCAGAUACAGCAUGUACGGCGCCUUAUUCAACGGUCCAACGCUUUACUAUUGGAUUCGAAUAGCAUCUCAAAUGUGGCCCAAAUCCGAUAUUCGAUCGUCAUUAGCGAAAGCUUUCACGGAACAAAUUGCUUAUGAUCCCUUUGCCAUUACGAUAUUUUUGUACACAAUGACGCUGGCAGAAGGACACAGUAAAAAAGAAGCUCGUGCCGAAGUAGCAGAGAAAUUUUUGCCAUCUUACCAAAUUGGCUUCAUUUAUUGGCCAAUUGUGCAAACGAUGAACUUUGCCUUUGUUCCGAAGAAAAAUCAGGUGAUUGUUGCGGGAAUCGGAAGUGUUUUCUGGACAACUUUUUUGGCGUGUGUUAAGGCGAUGAAGCGGGAUGAUUUGAAGGAACAACCAGAACAAGUUGAAUUGAAGUAAUUUUAACGAAAAUUUAAAAGAAAAAUUAAAACGUAAUAUAAAAAAA